UUUUUCCGUCUUCCUAGCAUUCUUUAGAGGACUCUUUUUGCACUUGCUCUCAAUUAUCCAUUCUUAAUGUUUAUGGUGAUAUGAAAAAUUUGGCUCCUCAAUAAACUCUUGUGCUGAUUAGUCAGCUCCUCCAACAAGAUCUGGGAUCUGGCGGUGUUCUUGGUGUCAUCAUAAUCCCCCUCUUUCCUUCUGUGGGAUUGCCAUGGCGAUGAAGCAGGACCGCCUGUGACUAUCCAGUGCUCUCUGCAGGACUUUUCUUUUAUGUUUUUUAUUCUGGCUUUGAUUUGGUGAGAUACCACGAGCCAAAAUGCUGAACCAGAGUGCUGUGAUGAUCUUCACUGGGAUUUGUGGGGCAUUGGUGGUCAUGGCAAUGGCCUACUAUGUCUACUGGUCUGUAAUAUUGGCUGACGGACCGUGUAAACGCGGGUUGUAAAAGGGUCCCACCGUGGUUGGUCAUAGUGUAUAGAGAGGAGCCUACUCAGCUCUCCAGGCUCCUCAGCCAUGGCUCUGCUGGCCCACCUAAAGAGCCUGUUCAUCCUGCAGUUGCUGAUGGGCUUUGUGUUUGUGGUAAGCGGCCUCAUCAUAAACUUCAUUCAGCUCUGCACCUGCAUCCUCUGGCCAAUCAACAAGCAGCUCUACCGCACAAUCAACUGCCGGCUCGCCUACUCCCUAUGGAGUCAGCUGGUGAUGCUGCUGGAGUGGUGGUCAGGCACAGAAUGCACCGUAUACACUGACCAAGCUACGGUGGACAAGUUUGGCAAAGAGCAUGUCAUCACCAUCCUCAACCACAACUAUGAAAUCGAUUUCCUCUGUGGCUGGACCAUGUGUGAAAGAUAUGGCGUCCUAGGGAGUUCAAAGGUCCUAGCCAAACAUGAGCUACUGAAGGUUCCUCUAAUUGGCUGGACCUGGUACUUCCUAGAAAUAGUCUUUUGCAAAAGAAAAUGGGAGGAGGACCGAAAUACUGUCUUCAAAGGACUGAGUAGGCUCAAAGACUAUCCUGAAUAUAUGUGGUUUCUGCUGUAUUGCGAGGGGACCCGCUUUACAGAGACCAAGCACCAAAUCAGUAUGCAGGUUGCAGAGAGUAAAGGCCUGCCCAAGCUCAAGUACCACCUAUUACCCAGAACCAAAGGAUUCACCACCACACUGCAAUGUCUUAAGGGCACAGUAACUGCUGUGUAUGAUGUGACUCUAAACUUCAAAGACAACCAGACACCCACUCUACUGGGCAUCGUCAAUGGCAAGAAAUACAAAGCUGACUUGAGUGUGAGGCGGUUUCCUGUGGAGGAUAUACCAGAGGAUGAGCAAGAGUGCGCCAUCUGGCUGCACAAGCUCUACCAAGAGAAGGACGCCUUACAGGAAUUCUACAAAAAGGAAGGCAAGUUCCCCGGACCCACAAUAAUUCCACCUCGCAGGCCAUGGACGCUACUGAACUUCCUGUUUUGGGCCACCCUGCUACUUUCGCCCCUCAUUAACUUUGCUUGCGGAGUGGUCGUCAGUGGCUCCCCCCUCCUCAUCAUUGGCUUUAUCAUCUUUCUCAUCAUAGCCUCGAUAGCUAUCCGCCGCCUCAUCGGGGUCACCGAGGUGAAGAAAACAGGCUCUAGUUACGGCAACCCAGAGGCCAAGAAACAAAACUAAAGAGUGUCACUCCCCUCCCCCCCAGCCCCCCACCCCCGUCCGUGUACGGCCGUUUCUGUGCGGUCCUGCGGUUUCUCGCCCCUACCCAACUCCAUUCUCCUCCUACUGUUAAGUCAGUUGGCAGGCCAGGGAUGAGACGCAGCUGCAUAAAACAUAAUAGAGACCGGAUUUAGAAAUACUAAUGGCACUAGAGUGAGUGAAAACACGUAAGGUCUGGGGUUUAAGCUCUAUGAUGUAACACAGAACAUAAGGAGGGGGAGAUGCAGUACGGUAUUCCCCUGCAUCUUUCUUAAUCCAGCUAGCAACCCACUGUCUACAUCCAAGUCCAAUUAAAUCCCGGUAACCUCCGAGGUUAAGCUUCUAACCUGUCUGGGGUCACAUGGACAGCCAGUCAGCCUAUUUCCUGCUCUGGUUUACCUACCUUCACUUCCUGUCAGUCUUCAGCCAUUCAGGGGGGGGUUGGUCUGCUCAUUCUUUUUGACACAGAACACAAGGCGAUCCGUAUCUGAUCUGUUUAAUCUUAACUAUCCAGGGGCAGUGUGUUUCUGCAACAGCAGUCCGUAACAUGCAAGACAUCUCCCUUCCUUUUUUUUCACGCUCACAAGUUGGGAACCGGUGCCUUGUGGCCCAGCCUGGUUUCCUUAAUGUAAAGGGUUGCCCAAAUCAAUAAAUAUUUAGCCUGGUGGAUAGUUUGGGUUUUUAUGUGCCAUGGGUCUGACACUUCUACUGCCACUCUAUGUUGUCCAUGGUGCUCAAAUCAUUGUAAAAGUACAUUUAAAAAAACUUAACAGCAGUGCUCCAUCCAGAAUAAAUAUCUCUGUUGCUCAGGAUAAUUUAUGACAAUUUUCAUCAGUUACUAUGUGUCAAUUGUAAAAACAAUAGUGAGAACUUACCACAUUGGGUUAUCCAAGUAGUAGGCACAUUUAUUUCUGCGAAGAGACAUUGCACUUUAAUUUCUCAAAUAUUUUAAAUAAUUUGAGCACCACCAAUGACAUUCAGUUCAGCCUAACCUAUUGUAAUAGGUUAAGGAGCAGAGAUCUCAAAAUAUAAAUCCCACAUCAUACCCCCGGCUGGAUAUUAUUGUCUCGUUAUCUUUGUGAACUGACCCCUUAACAACGUGGCCUAGAGAGGCUGGUGUCUGCUAAACUACAGCAAAGGCUUUCUGAAUCUUUAUCAAGAGCACUUACCACCUGUCACAGGUCUCAUUUGUAGCCCAUAGCACCCCAACACCCACAGAUUCAUCCAGACAUUUAGGCCAUUUUCCCAGUUUCUAUUCCCAUUUUCACUAUUUGUUUUCCACAAAUAGGAAUGUGCAUACAUAUUAUUGUUCAUUUAUAAAACAUGGUUGGAAGCUUUCUGGCCCCCUUAAAUGGGAUGGUAAUUCAACCAGCAACCUUAGUCCAAACACUGAAGCUGUUCAAGCUACUCCAUUUCCCUCCCCCUCCUCUGCCAGUGUUGACAGUUACAAUGCGCCAACUGUCUUCAUGUAGCCUCUCAGCUGUUAGCAUAUUAUUUUUUCUGUCCACAUGUUGACUGUAGUAGUGAUUUUUCAACCUUUGCCUUAAAUCAAGCUUGCUCAGGCAAGGGAUUGCUUAUUCGCCACCCCUUUAAAACAGCACCCACCUCCUAUCCCGCCUAUACCUCUGUGUCAUGUUUUCAAUAUUCAUGCUCUUCCUCCCAUUACAGUGCAUAAAGGGCAGCGUGCUUUCGUUUGGUUCGAUUACCAAAGCAAAUGAUUCAAUAAAAACCAUUGUUAGUCUUUAAAGUUGAAAGCUAGCAAGUUGUUGCUUUUGUUAAAGGCAUCCUUGUACCUGUACAUAAUCGUUAGUUAAAGAAAGCUGCUUCCACAUCGUGUGCAGGCAACUUCUUUUCUUUGGAUGUCCUAGCCAUUGUAGGUGCACAGCUCCAACUCUGAGAUGACUGAAUUUUAGAAUGGUGAAAUGUAUGGCUUGUUUUUAACUGCAAGAAAUUAAACUUUGGCUGCUGCAGUACUUGAGUGUAUCUCUUCCAGUGUUUAAAGCCACGUCUCCUGGUCCAAAAUGCAAACAAUGGUAGCAAGACAUGGAGGGUAUUUUCUGCGUCCUGCACCCCUCCCCCACACCCAACCCUCCUUUCGUGCCACAUGUAGCGUUAAUCAUAUAUUUUGUUGGUUUUAAUUUUUUACUCCACAGCAAAAUGCGCUAUGUGUGUACUUCAUCUCUCUGUAGUUAUCUCAACCCAGACAGAUUUCAUGCAAGCCUUAAUAGACAGUGCUGCUUAUCUUUUGUGUGAAAAUGUAGAAGCAAACCGAGUCCCCGUGGUAGGUUGAAAAUUGAAAACCUUCCUCGGGUAUAGCAAGCAAGUUGCUGGGAUUAGUUGCCAAACAGCUUGUUCUAAAGUUUAAACAUUGACAACUAAAGAGAAAUGAGAAGUGAAGUCUGCUGUCAGAGUUCUGUUUGUAACCAAUUCACAUUUUUACAAGACGAUACUUUGAGUUGUUCUAAUAUUGUUAAAAUAUUUUCUUGGACUGUUAUCUUUAACCUCAAGAGAUCUGAUCAGUUACCAAUGCAGUCCAACUCUUCUUGUUAACAUCAUAUUCCAAAGCAAAAAGGAUGCUGAGACGUUUAGACAAGUAUCUGGAAAACCUUUCUAUAUUGGAUGUUUUUUAUUCAGUAAAGAAAUAUAACCAUAACUUGUGGUUGUGUUUUCUGAGGUCAAUGUAAACGAAUAACUAACUUACAGAUUGACACCACUUAAUGACAUUUUUAAAUCUUAAAGAUAAUUGAGUUAGUUGCACCUCUUGUGUCAGUUUUUGUUUUGUUUUCUAAGGCUAUUUUUAUGUUUUCUUCAAUUUAAACACUUGAGAAUAUUAAAGGAUGUAAUCACAAAGCAA